AUGACGGGCUCGUGGCAUACCGUCUUUACGAACUGGUACAGGCAUCGCAAUCGUCGGCCAGGAUCCUACGAGUCGGGCUCCUCUACUGAUAUCGAGCUCGGUACGUGCUGCAGAAGCCCCGAAAGAUUUGACUCUGGCAUAUCAUUUGGAGGCCUAGAUCUGGUCAGCGAUGAUCAUGUUACCCCGAAGUCGAGCAUUGAGCCUCAUCUUGAUGAUCCCAUCCUUUUGAAGCUUAAGUUCGGAGAUCAGACUUAUAUCAAGCCGCUCGAUUACGGAACCUUCUCUCGCUGGACCGCGGUGGAAAGGCUCAUGGUCGAUAUGGAGCAGGAUGGCAUCAUCAUUGGAGAGCUCUGGGAUGUGGUCGAAAAGAUGAGAGUUUGUAGUGGCGAUUGGAACGCCCGUGUACGUCCUGGCUGGGAUGUGCAUGUGCACUGCCAGGAUGCACGAGUAAUUCUGAGGACUGGACAAUUCGAGGAUGACAGCGACAGUGAAGGCCUUGAGAGCGAUGAAGAAGGCUGGGUUGACGAAGUCCUCGACCAGUAUCAAGAGGAGUGGUGCCUUCCGAGAUGGAGGGUCAGGGUUGAGCAAGAGAGGUCGAUAAAUGGACAGUCGCAGGAGCCAUCGUGGAUGGUGCUCGGUCUGGGCUGCGUGUCGAUGGUGUUCUUCAUUGUGGCAGUCGUUGUAUACACUGCUUAA